AUGGAAACUUCUCUUGAGCUCCAGGUUAAUGAGCUUCGAACCUUGAUGGAUAAAAAUGUUAAGAAGUUAGAUGAUAAUUACAAUUUGCUGCAUAAAAAGGUUGAUGUCGUAGCAAAUGCAACAACUCGAUUGAUCGAAGAUAUCACUGCCUUCAACAAAGAAUAUUUGAGACAUUAUACAAAGUGGAUCUUUCGAAUCAAUCUUCUAUUUCUCAAGAAUCCGUUUCUGCUAUGGGUUUCGAACAUCGAGUCAAGUAUCAAGGAUGAGUUGGCUCCGAUACUGAAUUUGGUGCUUCGACUAGCAACAAAUGCUCAAUGUCCUAUGCAUGUUUCGCAAGUGGGAGAUAGGCGUGCUGCAAUUGGUUCGUCUAAGGGGUCUGGAGAAGAUUCAUGA